UUGACCUAUGCCGCUGCCAGGUCUGCAUGGGUAAUUUCCAGCUCCUCGUCAAGGAGAAUAAUACGUUACUGGAUGGAGGUCUAUUUGGGAUGAGCAGCGAACAGAAAUAUUCCAGAUCAGACACCAAUGCUUCCAUUCCUUUGACCCGAAACAAGCCACAAAACCAACGUGUGAUUUGUAACCGAGGAUUCAUUUAUCAUGUCAGAGUUCCGCGUGAGGAUCCACAGGAAAAUCCGAUAAGUCUUACAGCUUCUGAGUAUGAGAGGCUUCUGGCAAGGGUCAGGGGUCCAAGUUUCUUGGAGAAGGAGAAGGAGGCUUUUAGAAAGGCUUCUCAGAAAAGGAAAGAUGAUACUAAGGCUGCGGAAGAAAGGAGGCGUCAGAUCAUUGACAAGGACCUUUACGCUUUUAAGGUGGAGACACAGACUGACAUGCAGUCCAAAAGGCAAGGUUUUGAGCGGUAUCGACACAUGCGCUGCAAAGCUCAAAUGGAGAAGGACAAUCAGAUCCUAAGAAUGGACAUCCGUAUUCAGAAGUGUAAGAUCCAAGCCGAGCUCGACACCCAGCUUCAAUGGAAAAAACAAUGCGAGGCUGUCGAGUACGCCAAAGAGAAGGCUGAGUUUGAGCGGGAGCUUAAUCAUCACCAGGAGAUGCUCAUCAAGCACGAGGAGAAGGAGAUAAAGCGCAAGGUGGAGGCACGCCACCAUCUGGAUGUUCUAUCGGGGCAGAUAAGGGAACGUGAGCAAAUUGCGACCGCCAACCGUCGGGAGAGGAUCGCCAUAGCUCAGAGCCUUAACGAGGACGAUCGGAUGAAAAUAAAAUGCCUCGAUGAGCUCAAGGAGGAGAGACUGGCUGAGCUCAAAGCUAGCGGGAUCCCGGAUAAAUACUGCAAUUAUGUGAGGACAAAGACCACACAAGAGGAAGCCAAGCGCUUGCAGUUUCAGUACCUCGCACAAUGAUCUCCCAGUAAUGACAAAACUUGUGUUGGGAGUAACCAUACACUCAUCUGCAGGCUACACCAGAGAGCAAACCUCCACUCGAGUUUGUCAACAAUGUCUGUCAUAGUGGCAGUUUCAUCGGGACACUGCGUUACCAGAAAACCAAAGAACCCAACAAUCUGGAUUCAGUUGAUGUUUAACAUCAUUAAGAGUCAAUAUUGAUUGUUUUGUUUUGAUGUCAUGAAGGCGGAAAGAAGUGCACUUGUCGACUGCAACCAGCAGAGGCGCUGUUCAACCUACACGAGUUUGUGUUCUGACAUCAGCUGUGUGACGAUGAGUUCCAAUCACGCUAUGGCAAAUAAAUACAACAGUGCCAUCUGAAUAGGAAUUCAGAACAUCCUUAGGUUGUUCCUACUCAGAAAUACUUGAUCUUUAAUUGACUUAGGACAUUUUGCCUACCGCUAAUUACUUGUAUAACUCAUGCUGUGUAGUCUACUUACAGUAAUAGCAAAUGCUUACCUGUGGAUCUGAUUUGCCAGUAAUGGAGUAGCAAGCUGAAAAAUUCAUAAAAUCAACUUAUGUGUUUUUUUGUUUUAAGUGCCUAACCCACUGGAUUAGUUUGUGGUACUAAAACUGUCAGAAAACUAACCCAAUGGUUUCUUUUUCAUCUUUGGCAUACUUCUUACUGACUGACAAUUGUGUAAUUUUACCCUGUUAUUGUUGAUCAUUAAA